AUGACUGUGUACGACGGGGGCCUUUCUUUGACGCACUUCUGCGAAGUACAUGGUCCCACUUCGAUCAUAUGCUCGCAGGUUCUCCCUUUCUCUUGCUCUCAAUGCCAUCCCGAGAACACAAUCUCCUCCGAAGAAGGCACCCCAGCGACCUCCCACGACACCAUUUCCUCUCACGGCUUGCGCAGCAGGAAUACCAGCGGUAAACAGUCUCCGUCUAUAAAGUCUCCUGCGAAGCCGGUUGACGAUGCCGACGCUCCACAACGAAUUGAGGAUUACCCGUGCUUUAUUCAGGGCCAAUCGAAUGCGACUGAGACCCAGAAGCUGAAUAUUCUGGGAGGUGCAGACGGUGACACUUGCGCAAGCUGUAGCUUGACCUUGCCUGAGGAUGUGAGCAAACAGUUACCUCCUGGAGCUCCAGGGACUUUGCGCAGCGACGGGAAAGGCAAGAAUGGCAGCCCUGUCCUGCGCUCACGAGAGGUUGUUUCCUCGUGCGGCACAUAUCAUUCCGAUGUGGAAGACAGUGCGCACGACAUUCACAUACACGGCUCCCUUCCCGACUCUCUUCACUCAUCGUCUGUGGCCUCGGAUGUUUCCUGCCAUAACCAUAUCCUCACUUACCUCUCUCUCAGAGGCCCUCCUAACCCCGCCGAUUAUGCUCUUCUCCGACGUUCUUCCAUCAGAACCCUCAGCUGUGAGCUUCUCCCGCGCGGACUUUCCUCUGGCCCGUUGUGCUUUGGUGACUCCAAUGCGGGUUACACCAUUGCCUAUAUUUUCCGGCUCCCCGAUCCAAUGGCCCGCGGCAAACGACGCAGCUACGCGCUCGUGGCCCUGGCCGGCAAGGAUACGCGUAGAGCGUUUCGUGCAUGUCCAAUAAUCUGGCGCACUUUUGAUCGGAUUGCAACGUCAAUCUACCAUGCAGCAGAGCAGUUUCAAGAGGACGAGAAACGUCGCGAUGAACAGAACAACGUGGCUAACAGGCCUGGGAACCGGCAGUAUACACCUGUCUCAUCAUUCCUUACUGGACGUGCCGUCGACCCGGAUGGGCAACUUCGCCGGCCUGGCCAGGUCAGAGCCAGAAACCUAACGGAAAUCGUUGGCAAUCCCUACUUGUUUGCGGAAAUCCAUGGAAGCUUUGUGGCUCUGUUGCAGCAACUUGGUUCUAUGUUUGGGUCACCCCCAAUCUCCGAGGACCGCUUCAUCUGUAGCACGGUUACCGAAGAGGAAGAUAUGAAUCGUCGUCGCUCCGUAUCUUCGACCAUUGCAAAGCAAACACAGAGAGCACAGAAACGCGAAGAUGACGACCUCGGUCUUUCGGACCUAAACUUAUCAUCCGGUCCGAAGCCUAUUCCCAUCACCUCACGCCGUUCCAUCAUCGCUUGA